AAUUUCUAAAUGUAUUUGUUUAUUAAGGUUGGGGCGGUUCCGUAUGGAUUAUUUGAAAAGUCCGGUGUGGCCUCCAUGUGGGUCUAAGCUCUAGACCACCUGCUCCACGCUGGGGUCGCUGGUUGCUCCAUUGUCCCAGUGGGUGCUCUGCAGAGUCUUAUCACCCCUGCCGUGGCCUGGGCACAUGAGCUGUCUGCCUGUGCCCUCGCGUUAAAUCCUCACGUGAGCAAUCCAGCACGAUGGCUGCGUCCGCUUCUGUCCGAGAUUCAGAGAGGUCAGUCGCCCAAGGACACCUCAGGGUGUGGCACUGCCAGGAGUUGACCCGGAUUUUUGCCUUCCUUCACCGCCACCCGACUCAACGGUCUAUAAGUCCCUGUGCACGUUUCUCUCUUCCUGGAUUCUCCUUUUGGUGGAGGUGACGUCGGGGAAGUCUGGGCUUCCGGGUGGGAGCUGGGUGAGUGCCGCAGGCCCUGAACUUAACAAGCAAGUGGGUCCCCGUCUUCUUCAGGAUGAGCAGCUGCAGGAGGAGGUGGUGAGCUGAAGGCAAAGGUGAGCGGGCAGAACCGCCAUGGCUCUGGCGAGAGGUGAUCCUUCUACUGCAUUCUCGAUUCAUCGUGUGCAAACUCACCGGUACGGAAAUAGCACAGUCUUGUCGUUGUUUCUUCUAGGUCAGCUUGGACGUUCCAAAUACCUCCCUUUACCUGAUGCAGCUGAUAAAAUCAGGAUGGCUUUAAACUCAGGGUCACCACCAGGUGUCGGGCCUUACUAUGAGAACCAUGGAUUCCAACCCGAAAGCCUCUACCCGCCGCAGCCGCCCAUGGCGCACCGUGCCUACGCGGGGUACCCGGCUCAGUACUACCCGCCCGCGGUGCCCCAGUACGCCCCGAGGGUUCAGACGCACACCUCGACACCCGUCAUCCUCAUGCAGCCCAAACCCCCGGCGGGGCCAGCAUGCACCUCAAGGACUAAGAAAGUCCUGUGUGUCACCUUCUCCCUGGGCGCCCUUCUGGCUGGAGCAGUCCUGGCCGCCAUGCUGCUGUGGAAGCUCAUGGAGGACGAGUGCUUGGGGAUGGAAUGCAGCUCCUCGGGGACCUGCGUCAGCCCCUCUCACUGGUGCGACGGCAUCCUGCACUGCCCCAGCGGCGAGGACGAGAGCCGGUGCGUUCGCCUCUACGGACCCAACUUCAUCCUUCAGGUGUACUCAGCUCAGAGGAAGUCCUGGCACCCCGUGUGCCAGGAUGACUGGAGUGACAACUACGGGAGAGCAGCGUGCCAGGACAUGGGCUACCCGAAUAGUUUUUUUUCUAGCCAAGGAAUAGUGGAUGACAGCGGGGCCACAAGCUUCAUGAAGCUGAAUGUCAGUGCCAACAAUAUCGAUCUCUAUAAAAAACUCUACCACAGUGAUGUCUGUUCUUCAAAAACAGUGGUUUCUUUACGCUGUAUAGAGUGCGGGGUCUCCGGGAAGACGAGACGCCAGAGCCGGAUCGUGGGCGGGUCGAGCGCUGCCCCGGGGGACUGGCCCUGGCAGGUCAGCCUGCACGUGCAAGGCACCCACGUCUGCGGAGGCUCCAUCAUCACCCCCGAGUGGAUCGUGACCGCCGCCCACUGCGUGGAGGAACCUCUUAACAAUCCCAAGAUUUGGACGGCCUUUGCAGGAAUUUUGAGACAAUCUUUCAUGUUCUAUGGAAACGGAUACCGAGUAGCAAAAGUGAUUUCCCACCCGAAUUACGAUUCCAAGACCAAGAACAACGACAUCGCUCUUAUGAAGCUGCAGACGCCUCUGACUUUUAAUGACAGAGUGAAACCAGUGUGUCUGCCCAACCCGGGCAUGAUGCUGGAACCGACACAGGCCUGCUGGAUUUCCGGGUGGGGGUCCACCUACGAGAAAGGGAAAACCUCGGAUAGGCUGAACGCGGCGAUGGUGCGGCUCAUCGAGCCCUGGCGGUGCGACAGCAAGCAGGUGUACAGUGACCUCAUCACGCCGGCCAUGAUCUGCGCGGGGUACCUGCAGGGAACCGUCGACUCCUGCCAGGGUGACAGCGGAGGCCCUCUGGUCACUCUGAAGAGCAGCGUCUGGUGGCUGAUUGGGGACACGAGCUGGGGGUCUGGCUGCGCUAAGGCUUACCGACCGGGAGUGUACGGAAACGUGACCGUGUUUACAGACUGGAUUUAUCGACAAAUGAGGGCAAACAGCUAAUCCAUACAGCCUGGGUCCUUGACACCAUUCCACAAGAAAAUGAAGGGGAUGAUUUUUUUUUUUUUUUUUUUUUUUUUUUUUUGCGGUACGCGGGCCUCUCACUGCUGUGGCCUCUCCCGUUGUGGAGCACAGGCUCCGGACGCGCAGGCUCAGCGGCCAUGGCUCACGGGCCCAGCCGCUCCGCGGCAUGUGGGAUCCUCCCGGACCGGGGCACGAACCCGUGUCCCCUGCAUCGGCAGGCGGACUCUCAACCACUGCGCCACCAGGGAAGCCUGAAGGGGCUGAGUUUUAAUCCCUGUGCAUGAUGUAUUUUUAGAAAUGAUUCCCAGGCCCUUUCGUUUUUAUUAAAUAGUGAACCUGUCUGUCUUUGGCACGCUCCACAGUUCUCUGCAGGCCACACGGCCUCCCCCACCCCGGACGUACACUCCCGCGCCCCUCGUCCGACAGGGGAGGCCCAGCUGGGUGUGGGCUUGCAGGGCCAGUGCAGGCAGAGGGCUGGGGUCUGUCCCACGGGGACCUCCCUUCCAAGCCCCGUUCCAGGGGCCCCUCUUGGACACACAGGGCGCUGGUGACUUCUCAGCUGCUGGACGGCUUGAGAUGGGAAGGGAGGAAGCCAGGUAGAAACUGCAGGGGCCACCCUCUGGGGCCAUCACCAGUGCGGGCCACUUGGGGCAGCCCCAGGGCCUGUCUCCCCACGAGGGAUUUUUGCUGAUCAUUUUUUAGUGCCUUUUUAGCAGCCCUGGAAGGUGGCUGGAAAUAAAGGGACCAGCCCUUCAUGGGUGAUGACUUGAUAGCCACUUGUCAGGGCACUGAAACCUUUUUUCCUUCUUGGGCGGUGGUGAGGGUGUAGACGGAGCAGAUAUGUUCAGUGCUGAGCACUGCUGGGGCAGGGGGCCC